UAACGCACGCAGACAGUAGAGCCGGUUAUUUAUUCUGUGGUACAAGGUAUGUCAACUUUGAUGUAUGAACGGUGUAAUUAGUUUGCUGUAGCGACUUAAUUACUCAAAUCCGUCGACCACAGAUGUUGGGUUGAGUGCUGUGUCUGCUACUGUCGAACAAGCCCGUACGCCACCAGCGAUAACAAGUUAUGGCUGACUACAGCUUGGUGCGUCGCGGGAAACUUGUGUUGAAGGGCCGCACAACUAAGAAACACAAGAGUAAGAGCAAGUCGAAGCAGAGUUCCAGUGGCGGUGACGAAAGGCUGGAAAGUCAGGACACCGUCAGCCACGGAGGCUGGUGGGAGCUGAAAGCGUUUGAAGAGUACACGGGUCCUAUAGCCAUUGAGUUCACUCCGUACUGCUAUGUGUCGUCGCAGGAUAAUGGCUUGUUUGUACUCGGCGGGCCACACCCACAUGGCGAGGGCCCAUUUCCAGAAGAGAUUCUGACUGCCGUCAAGCUGUCGGAUACAAAGAUAGCCCUAAAAUCUGGCUAUGGGAAGUACCUUUCUGUCCAGCCAGAUGGCACAGUCGUCGGACGGUCAGAUGCCAUAGGCCCACUUGAACAGUGGGAACCUGUCUUCCAAGAUGGUAAAGUGGCUCUUCUUGCCAGCAAUAGCUGCUUCCUCACAGUGGUUGAUGGUACAGAUAUAAAGGCCAGUUGCCGUUCAGCAGGCAGCGAUGAAAUGAUUAAGGUGCGUGCUGUGGCUAAAGCAGACACUUCAAAGGAGAAAGACGUUCCUGAAGAAGAAAGAGGGUCCUUGGGAGAAUGUGAAGUAAAUUAUGUGAAGAAGUUCCAAAGCUUCCAAGAUAGAAGACUUAGAGUGAGUCAGCAAGACAGAAAGGACCUGAAGAAAGCCAGAAUAGAGGGGACUUUCCAUGAAGCUUUGUUGGAUCGACGAUCCAAAAUGAAAUCGGACAAGUUUUGUAAAUAAUUUGAGAGCAUGAUGUGUGCAGUGGUAGCAGAUGCAGAACUACCCAAGUCUUAAUGCCACCUAAUCAGUUUCGACCAAAAAUAUAUUCUGUAAGAACUUCAUUUUCUUUAACUUGCAGAAAGUGGUUGAUACUAAAAAAUAAAAUACAAGUUAAACCUUU